AUGUUGGGGGACCUGAUAUAUCUUCUGCGGAGUUUCUAUGGCUUUCUUGCUUCUUCUGGCACCAUAGGAGCAGUCUUGGCCUGGCUGAUAAGCUUUAAGCCAGCCUUGUUUGGCUUCCUCUUCCUUCUGCUAUUGCUCAGCAACUGGAUGGUGAAGCAUGAACUCAGCCAGGCUCCUUCCAAGCCCCAGAUGGAGGUGGCAGAAAAACCGGCUCCAGAAGUCAAUCCUAAGGACGUUACCACGAACAACAAAGAGUUUGAGAAAGUGAAUAAUUGCUUCGCCCUCCAUGGUAAGGUCCUCGAACGGCUGUUGUUCAGUGAGAUGAAGCUGAAGGUCUUGGAAAAUCAGAUGUUCAUCAUAUGGAAUAAAAUGAGCCGCCGCGGCCGGUGGACCAGCAGACACCGGAACCACUCCAGGAGGCGGCACUGGGCAAGAAGGAACGGCUCCACUUACUCCACCAUCUCCAACUAUACUACCCAUCCCCACAGUGAAUAUGAUUGAAAUGGGCUAGCCUCU